AUGCUUUUGUGGCGAUGCGCCUUUGUGCCGGAGGAGGGCAAUGAGAACGAUCUUCCUGAUGAAGCAGAGGAGGCAGAGCCCGAGAUGUGCGUCAUUUGCCAUGAUUGUAUGCUUGCGGACGAUGUGUUGCUCAGGUUGGUCUGUGGUCAUGUGUACCAUCAUGAUUGCUGUCUCCGCUGGGCCAAUGCAGCCGGCAUGGCCCAGGCUGAUGCUGACAUGCCAUGCCCUAUGCGGUGCCAUCUGGCGAGAGUGGCGAAUGCAGCCAACCCGAAUGCAGGCAACGCCAAUCCUGCUAACCCAAAUGAUGCAGACAAUGGCCUGAAUACCCCCUCAGGGUUCAGGAGUAAAAAAGGGACUCCCUCAGAGUUCCUUUAG